AUGGAGAAGGAACUGUGUGUAUUCAGCCAAACAAUAGAAGAUAACAGAGACAGGUUGGAAUUAGACAGAAACAGAGAACGAGUGGAAGCAAUGAACAGUGAAUCAAUCAUUGCUGAGCAUCGUUACAACGGGGAUAUUGAAAAAGGCACUUUUAAAACUGUAGAACAACUACACGUGGGUGAAAUGAACGUAAAAUGUAAACAUUGCAAUGCAGAAAGGUUCAAAUAUGAAACAGGAAGGGUGGCAAAUAAUUGCUGUCAUGGAGGAAAAAUAACAUUACCACCAUUAACGGAAUAUCCUGAUGUACUUCAACGUCUGCGAGAAGGGAAUGACGAAGUAUCAAGACACUUCAGACAACAUAUACGAUCAUAUAAUGACGCGUUUGCGUUUGCAUCAUUUAAUUGUACCGUGGCAGAUAUGGGGAAUUCAGGACCAUAUGUGAUGAAAAUAAUCGGGGAUGUGAGUUACAAAAUAUCUACAAGUUUAGAGACCGCAAACAAUAACCGACCGAGAUAUGGACAAAUUUACAUCUACGACGUACAAACUCAGCUAGCGCUGAGAGAAAAUGAUGCAAGAAGAGCAAAUCUGUUAGAAAUUAUUGGUAGACUGAUAAUAGAUAUCAAUCCUUAUGCAGCAAAUUUUAAAACAACGUACGAGCGAUUUGUUAAGGGAGAAAGCCUGGUGAGAUUAAACUUUAUAGCACUCAAGGAAGACGAUAGACGGCGGUCCAUGGCGCCAACUUGUGGUGAGCUAGCAGCUCUGAUCGUUUCAGAUGACGGGGCAGUAUCUGAAAAUAUAGAAGUACAAGUAUUUCCAAAACAAGACCGUGCAGUUGGAUAUGUGCCGAGAUAUUCGCAUCACGUUGAUCCAAUGACUUUUCCAUUACUAUUUCCGAGCGGUGAUUUAGGAUGGAGCUAUAAUAUGAAACACGUAGGAACAAACAAGAAAAUCUCUCCUGUUCAAUAUUAUGUACAUCGAUUGGCCUUACGUCGAGGCGAAGCACAGAAUCAGUUGUUGCGGAGCGGACGAUUGACACAACACUAUGUGAUUCACGCAUAUCUCACAAUUGAAUCGCAGCGUUUAUUGUUUUUAAGAAAUAAUCAGAAGCAAUUGCGUGUAGAAUGUUACAAAGGAAUGACUGAUCACAUAUCAAAUAGUGAAGCGAAUACGUCGGAUCGAACAAGACUUGGGAACCAAAUGAUUUUACCAUCAUCAUUUUCCGGCAGCAUGCGACAUAUGCAACAGCAGUACCAAGAUGCAAUGGCAAUAACAAGGAAAGUUGGACGACCGGAUUUAUUUAUUACAAUGACAUGUAAUCCUAAGUGGCCGGAAAUAUGUACGGUAUUGAAAGAUUUUCCUACAGGUACCACUGUAAAUGACAUACCAACAAUAGCUUGUCGAAUAUUCAACAUGCGGCUACAACAGGCACUAAAGGAAAUCGAAAGCGGUUCAGUAUUUGGAAAGAUUGAAGGAUACGUAUACACAGUUGAAUUUCAGAAAAGAGGCUUACCGCAUGCUCACAUACUAUUUAUCUUAAAUAACAAUGACAAACUUUUGACUCCAGAAGCAAUUGACAGUUUUAUAUCUGCAGAAAUACCAGACAAACGAAUACAUCAACAACUAUAUCAAUCUGUCACAUCACACAUGCUACACGGCCCUCACACAUCCAAAAUACCAUGCUGGAAUUCGGUAACGAAGUCAUGCUCAAAGAAAUUUCCGAAAGACUUAGUGGAAAAUACUGAUAUAAGCGGUGGCGGUUUUCCAAAGUAUCGCAGACGAAAAAAUACAGACAUAAAUUAUUACCGCAACCGCGUGGAAGGAAGAAAUAUCCAAGUAGACAACAGCAUGGUUGUGCCUCACAAUCCAUACCUACUUGCAAAGUACGACUGCCACAUGAACGUAGAAUAUUGUGCGUCAAUAAUGGCUAUUAAAUAUCUCUUCAAGUACAUCCACAAGGGACAUGAUCGUGCAAGAGUACAGAUAACUGAUUCAAACAGCGAGAGUGAUGGUCAGCCAAUAAUCAACGAAAUACAGGAUUAUGUAGAUUCGCGUUACGUAGGACCGAUGGAAGCAGCUUGGCGUAUACUAGAACUGCCAAUGCAUGGACGAAGUCAUGCCGUCACACGCUUACCUGUACACCUACCGGGGCAGCAAUACGCAACGUUUGAGGAAGGUAGAGAAGUCGAAGCCGCUACAAAUGAAAAAAAGUGGAGAACCCAUCUUAUUGCAUGGUUUGAAUUGAACAGCAUAGAUGAAAUGGCAAGAAAUAUAACUUACGCGAACACGCCAGAUUACUAUUCGUUUCAAGAAGCAACAAAAACGUGGAAAAAAAGAAAAUAUGCAUGUCAAGUAGUUAGUAGAAUGACAAAUGUUUCACCAAGGGAUUCCGAAAGAUUUCACCUCAAACUAAUCCUUGGACAUGCGACAAAUGCAAGGAGUUUUAUAGAUUUACGCACUGUAAACGGGAAGGAAUGGAAUACAUUUAGAGAGGCUGCAGUGGAUAUGGGUUUAACUGCGACAAAUGACGAAGCUUUCAAAAUAUUCGACGAAGCUGUUUCAAUACUUAUGCCGAAACGGUUACGUCAUUUUUUUGUGUGGUAUUUAAUCGGUGAAAUGCCAUCGAACGCGAUAGAUUUAUGGAAUACUUACAAGAAAGCAUUAUCUGAAGACUUCGUGGAUCAGCAUGAAAAUAGAGCACUAUGUGCAAUUGAGCAUCUUCUCAGAGCUGAGGCAAGAUCAUGUGCAGAUUUUUACUUACCAAUACCGGAGAUAAUUUUCGAAAAUGAAGCGGAAGAAAUAACAGUGGAAAAUAUAGAAACCUUUGCAAAGAAAGGCAAUGAACUGGUGAAGCAAUUAAACAACGAUCAGAAAAUAAUUUAUACACAAAUUUUUGAUAAUAUCAUAGAUAACAAAAGUACUGAUAGAAAGCAAGAAAAAUGCUUUUACAUCGAUGGAUCAGGAGGAACAGGAAAAACAUUUUUAUACAACGCAUUGUACUACAUGUUGAAAUCUGAAAAAAAAAAUGUUGCAUGUGUUGCUUGGACAGGUAUAGCAGCCAUCUUACUACCAUAUGGCACAACCGCGCACAAAACAUUUGGAUUACCAUUGACACUGCAAAAGGAAGGAACAAUUUUCACAAAUGCAACGAUGAAGAAAAAAAUACAAAGUAUAGAUGUAUUUAUAUGGGAUGAAUGUUCUAUGAUACCGAAAAUUGCUUUAGAAUUGAUCGACAGAACGUUAAAAGAUAUAAUGGAAGACGCAUCACCGUUUGGUGGGAAGACUAUAAUACUAGGUGGAGACUUCAGACAAGUUUUACCCAUUGUGAAACGAGGAGGUAAACAACAAAUAAUAGAGGAAACAAUUAAAUACUCCACACUUUGGAGUAUAUUUGAAAAAUUAAGCUUGAAAAAAAAUAUGCGAGCAAAGGAGGAUGCCGCAAAGUUUUCAGAGUGGUUACUUAAUAUAGGUAAUGGAGAAGUGGAGUUGUUUGGACCAGAGAAAGAAAUACAAAGCAACAAUUUAAUAGACGAUUUAUAUCCAAGAAAUUUGCCACUUGAUGAAUUAACAAACAGAGCCAUCUUAGCUCCAUUGAAUGUCGAAGUUAAUCAGUUAAAUACAGAGAUAUUACGCAGAAUGGAUGGCAAUAUAUUCGAAUCAAAAAGCAUAGAUUACGCAACAUUACAAGGAAUUGAUACUGCAGAUGCAGCACUUGACGAAGAAGCUACUCUGCGAUAUCCGACAGAGUAUUUAAAUGGAUUAACGUCAUCAGGUUUACCACCACACAAUCUACAGCUGAAAGUCGGAGCAAUUGUGAUGUCAUUGCGAAAUUUAUCAAUAUCAGAUGGUUUAUGCAAUGGAACACGGUUAGUUGUAAGAGAAAUUCACUCUAGAAUUUUGAUUGGUGAACUUCUAAUCGGAGAGCGAAAAAGGCAAAUAGUAGAAAUACCAAGAAUUAAAUUAGAUACGCCGGGAGACACAGAUAUGCCAUUUAUCCUCCAUAGGCGACAGUUUCCAGUCAGGUUGGCAUUUGCAAUAACUAUAAAUAAAUCACAAGGACAAAGUUUUGAACACGUGGGAAUAUUCAUUGACCGACCAAUCUUUGGACAUGGUCAACUCUACGUUGCAUUGUCACGAUGCAGGUCGAAGAAAGGUAUAAAAAUUCAACUGAAAAAAAAUGAAAAUGCAAUAAAGAACAUUGUGUACAAGGAAAUUAUUGAAUAA